UCUACAAAAUAAGCCCGGCUAGCUACUUGCUCUAGAGCUAGCAAAGGACAAAGGAAGGAGAUCCAUCUCUCUAAUUGAUUCGUUCUAGGUGCUUGCUUAGUUUCACUAGCAGACUACUCUACCUUUGAUGUUUCUUCAUGGCUAUUCUUCUCUAAAACAUGUGACCUCCUCGGUUUUAGUUCAAGGUGCAGCUCGAGCAAGCAAACCAUGCAACCCAUGGAGGGGGUUCUGGUUGCUCUGGCAUCCUACGGCGCCACCAUGCUCGCCGAGAUGGCCAAAGAUAAGGUGGCCAUGCUAACCAGGGUCUCUGGCGAGAUCGACGACCUUGGCACCAAGCUCAGGGACCUUAAGAACAUCCUUGCCGAUGCUAAUAGGAGGAAUAUCACCGACGAGAGCAUGCGGGCGUGGGUGGAGGAACUGAAGCGUGCCGUGCACGACGACGUCACUGACAUCCUCGACCGGUGUCGGCUCAAGGUCAUGGAAUAGGAUCCAUCCAAGGGCAUGCUGUUUAAUUUGCACGAUGAAUCCCCUGCACGCAUCACCAAAUUUGUAGGAAGUGAACCACUCCUUGUUAGGCGAUGUAAGAGCAUCUACAACCACACAUAGCAAAUUUGAGUCGUCCCCGGAUGGUGACCGAUCAUCC